CGUCCGCCAAACUAGGAGAGUACGUCUACUGAGAGGGGCAUCUGCUACUUGGAUCGGAUAUUCGAACUCUACGCGGGAGGCGCGGAACUGAAGCAAGUGUAUUACCUGACGACGCACCGAACGCGGCAAGAUGUCGUUCACCUUGAACCCCGUCAAACUAGCCAACGAACUCCAGCGGAUGGGAGACCCCAGAACCCGAGAUUACCCGCUGGUCAUGAACCCUCUGUUCGUGUUCCCACUGGUCAUUUUCUACGUAUAUUUCGUCAAGGUUCUUGGCCCACGCUGGAUGAAGAACCGAGAACCCUUCCAAAUUGUCAACCUCAUCCGCUUCUACAACCUUGCCAUGGUUUUUCUCAACGCAAGGUUCCUCUACAUCGUUCUUAUCAACACCUACCUCCCUGGAGGCCGCUACAGUCUCUGGUGCCAAGGCAUCACGGGUUACAUGGACGACCAGCUCGCCCAGUACUACAAGUCCGGUUGGUGGUACGUCGCCGUACGCUACGCCGACUUCCUGGACACCGUCUUCUUCGUCCUGCGCAAGAAGUUUACACACAUCACUCACCUUCACGUCAUCCACCACACCAUCAUCGGCGUCAACACCUGGUUUUGGGUCCUCUACGCUCCGGAGGGUCAGGCUGCACUUGGUCUUGCCAUGAAUGCCUUCGUGCAUACUAUCAUGUACGCCUAUUACUUCCUGGCAACUCUGGGGCCCAGAGUGCGUCAGUAUCUCUGGUGGAAGAAGUACCUGACCACGAUGCAGAUCGUGCAGAACGUCAUCUUCAUCUCGCACAUGUGCAUACCUCUCUUCUACGACUGCGGCUUCCCCACGUACCUGAUACACAUUGCGAACGCACAGACGUUUCUGGUUAUGUGUCUCUUCAUCAACUUUUAUAUUCAGACGUACGUUAGGAGGCGGCGCCCUCUGGCUGAGAAAGCAGUGCCCACCGCAAGCGUUGACGACGAAAUGAAAGUAAAAAAUGGGAAACACGACUGA